CGACACGUUGACGUGCCGGCUUGUUCCCCCCCCAGCCUCGGUCAGCGUCACCUCCCCAGCCCCGCGGUGCCACGGUCGGACCCGCAUGGCCCCAUCGUCGGUCUGGAUGUCAUCUUCGGGCCGAGGUGAAGAUCCGUCCCCACGCUCGGUGCUCGUCACCGGAGCCGACAUGCAGACCGGCCCGAGUCCCGCGGAGGACGCCGGGAAGCCCAAAGCGGCCAUCCUGCCCUUCAGCGUCGAGGCUCUGAUGGCCGACAGGCGGCCGAGCAGAGAGGCGCCUUCACCCGACUGCGCCUCCGGAGCCGGGACGUCCCAGUCCCUCGGGAAGGGGGUUCGAACGGGUCCGUUUGGGGUUUUGGACCCCCCGGUCCCCAUGAGCUCCUCUUUUUCGGUGGGCGACCUGAUGACCAUGCAGGACGACGUGCUGAUCAAACCCGAGAGUCCGGACAGCCACGAGAGGACUUCGUGGAUCCAGAGUCCUCGUUUCUCCCCGACGCCUCCUCGAAGGCUGAGUCCUCCGGCGUGCCCGCUGCGGAAGCACAAGACCAACCGGAAGCCCCGUACCCCGUUCACGACCUCCCAGCUGCUGGCCCUGGAGAGGAAGUUCCGCCAGAAGCAGUACCUCUCCAUCGCCGAGCGCGCCGAGUUCUCCAGCUCCCUGAACCUGACGGAGACCCAGGUCAAGAUCUGGUUCCAGAACCGGAGAGCCAAAGCCAAGAGACUUCAGGAGGCGGAACUGGAGAAACUGAAAAUGGCAGCCAAGCCCAUGUUGCCCCCCGCUUUUGGGAUUUCCUUCCCGCUCGGCGCUCACGUCCCGGCGUCCUACGGGGGCUCGCACGCCUUCCAGAGGCACUCGCUUCCGGUCUCCCCGGUGGGACUGUACGCCGCACACGUCGGAUACGGCAUGUACCACCUGGCUUGACGGACGCCGGACCCGGACUCCUUUUGGGGAGCGGUGGGGGACCCCGAGGUUUGCCGUCACUUCGCUCCUAAGUCGUCGCCAAAAGACGUCAGCUGGGCCGGGGCGCAUCUUCUCUUUAGGGCCGAUAGCGCUGCGGGUUUGUCGUCAUUUUGCAUUCGCGUCAGCGUCGCCGAUACUUGGUAAAUAUGAUAAACAUAUUGGUAAAUAUGAUAAACAUAUUGGUAAAUAUGACAAACAUAUUGGUAAAUAUGAUAAACAUAUUGGUAAAUAUGAUAAACAUAUUGGUAAAUAUGACACACAUAUUGGUAAAUAUGACACACAUAUUGGUAAAUAUGACAAACAUAUUGGUAAAUAUGACAAACAUAAGUAAAUAUGACACACAUAUUAGUGAAUAUGACACACAUAUUGGUAAAUAUGACAAACAUAUUAGUAAAUAUGACAAACAUAUUAGUAAAUAUGACAAACAUAUUAGUAAAUAUGACAAACAUAUUGGUAAAUAUGACAAACAUAUUGGUAAAUAUGACAAACAUAUUAGUAAAUAUGACAAACAUAUUGGUAAAUAUGACACACAUAUUGGUAAAUAUGACACACAUAUUGGUAAAUAUGACAAACAUAUUAGUAAAUAUGCCAAACAUAUUAAAUAUGCCAAACAUAUUAAAUAUGACAAACAACAGCACUGUUGUUGGACGGCUUCCCUUGGCGAGGGACGGUGGACUGUAAAAUUCUGUAUAUUUGGAAAAAAUAUCCUCAUUUAUAUUAUCAAUAUAUUUGUGACAUAACUUAAUAAAUGCUUUAUUCUUUUGCA